AAAGGUACUGUUUUUUUUACAAUACAAUUAAAAACCGUACAUAAAAAUUUUAAAUUACUGGAAGCACUUUCGGCCAAUUUUUGCAGAAACAACAAUUUCCUUUAUAAGAUUAUUAAAGGAUUUUGUUAUAUUACAAAUGAUGGACAAUAGACGCUUCACAGAUGGCGGUGACGUGGAUGCCUCUCAUAUAAAUGUAAGAAGACAACCGAAUUAUUACUAUUUGCCAAUAGUUGGAGGACGAUUUGCCCUCUUCAUGUAUACGGACGCUGUAAUCAAGGUGCAAACAGCAUUAGAAGAAAAAAUUCGUUUACAUCAUAUACGACUGAGACGCCAAAUGCAAAUUCCGGACGACGCUUUUGAGCUACUUAAUGAUUUUAGGGAGAUGGACAAUCCAAAUGCAUUCGUUCCAUGGGUAUUUAAACAGGACUAUAGCAUAAAUAAUCGCGUUAAGCAGUUACAGUUUCAAAGGCGUCUUGACUUUUUCGUCAAGAAGUAUUACACAGAGAGCUGCGCUGAGCUGAAGCAGAUAAUUAAUUAUAGAAAAAAAUGUAGCUAUUUGACAGUGACAUUAUUGACCAUUAUCUGUCUAAUUUGGUAUAUGCUUUGAUUGUAGUGCUCGCAACAAUAACGUGCUGACUACAAUAUUUACCUUCUUCUAUAGUUAGGAUUGGUUUCUGAUCAUCAUAAACCAUCUAAUAUAAAAUGUAGUACCUAUUAUUUAAGCUAAA